AUGUCACGUCUGAAAAGCAGACACGCUGCUCAAGACGAGAGUUCUGGAAGUGUGUUCGACGAGAAACAGUCUUCGACUGGAGUUGCGGUGGAUGGUUCGGCAUUGCCUUCAUCGAAUAUGACGCCAUCGUUUUCAUCACCAGAAAAGACGCCAUCGGAAAGAACACGGAGACCAAACGUUGAGCCACCGUUACUAAAGGGACCUUUGGUUUGGCGCUAUAUUGGAGUGAAAACAAGAAGUGAAGCUGAGGAGGCUGUAAAACCUCCAACUGAAUUUCGAUUGUAUCACCAAUGGGAGCAAACGGUUCUUGUUCGUGGAAUUUUCAAUUGUGAUCAAUUUUGGCCGUUAAUAACGAAGCAACGGCUGAAGUUGAUUUCAUCAAUAUCAUAA